CAUGAUCCCAGGACACGGGCCAGUGGUCCAGUCGGUGCUGGGAACCUUCCUCACCUGGGGGCUGACGGCGGCUGGCUCGGCGCUGGUGUUUGUGUUUUCCAGUGGGCAGAGGCGGAUCCUAGAUGGGAGCUUAGGCUUCGCCGCAGGGGUCAUGCUGGCUGCUUCCUACUGGUCCCUCCUGGCCCCGGCUAUCGACAUGGCCGAGGAGUCUGGCAGCUUUGGAGCCUUCGCUUUCUUCCCGGUGGCUGUCGGCUUUGCUCUGGGAGCAGCUUUCGUGUACUUUGCUGACCUGCUCAUCCCGGUGCUGGGUUUCAGCGGGCCUCCCCACAUAGCAUUUGCCUUGAGCUGCGACCAACGAGCGGUGAAAGAAAAAUAUGAGCAUGAACCUGCCCAUCACCUGGACUACGAGAGCGAGUUGUCCAUCCGGAUAGGUAGAGCUGGGCUCCAUCCAGGCAAGCAUCCUGUCAUAUACCAACCGCAGAGUGUACGGGGAAAAUACCCCCGUUAAACUGGCACCUAGGCUGUCACGUAUGUGAUUGAAAUUAGAUUGGUUUUGACAUGUGCAUGCAAAGUGCACCUUCUCUUCCCUCUCUGGAUCUGUCUCUGUGCUGGCUCUUAAUCCAAGAAUCAUUACUUCUGUUUCUACUUUAGUUCUCAAAACCACUUGCACGUCUGUCUGUGCCUAUGAAUUAUUGAUAAUUAGAUAUCUCAUUCACCAGGGAAAUGAAAUUGUCAGCUUAGCUCGAGAUAUGUUUAUUUUCAGCGUGGGCGCAGCGAGCGCUAACCCUGCCCUUGCCAAGUUAUGCCACGUUGAAGGUGCCCCGCGACACUGGCCCU